AUGGCCUGGCUGUGGCUGCUCUGUGCACUGCUUCCUGCCUUCAUGGUGUCUGUGACAGCUAACUCGCCACCAAAGUUCCCAAACGAUAUGUCGGUGGUGAGCCUGCCAGAGGACUUACCCGUGGGUACCGUGGCCUUCUGGUUGGUGGCUACAGACCCUGAUAAUGACCCACUGACCUAUGGAAUCAGUGGCCUAAAUGCCUACUACUUCUCCGUUGUUUCAAACACUGGGGAAGUGAAGCUGGCCAGCUCUUUGGACUUUGAGACACUCCCUGACUUCACGAUCACCGUCUUUGUAAAUGACCAUCACAACAUCCAAGUGACAAAACAAAUGCGGGUGAUUGUAGAAGACAGAAAUGAUAAUGUACCCAUUUUCCUGAACACUGGAUUCUCUGCCAACAUCAGUGAGACCCUGCCAGUCGGCUCCGUGGUGUUGUCUGUGCUGGCUAAGGACAGUGACACAGGGUUAGCCGGUGUAGUGCGGUAUUUCAUACGGAAGGUCAUCCCCAGCACUGCUGACAGCAUCAAUCUCUUCCGCAUCCUGGGAAACGGCUCCAUUGUACUGAAUGAUAGCCUCAGCUACAAUAACAAGAGUGCCUUCUACCAGCUGGAGCUGAGUGCCUGUGACUCAGGGGGAUUGUUGAAUAACAAAUCAGUCACCCAAUGCUCCCAGCCAGUCUUUGCAUCCAUCUCAGUGAUUGAUAAGCCAGACCUGGACCCUCGGUUUGUCAGGGAGUUUUACUCAGCCUCUGUGGCUGAGGAUGCUGCCUUGGAUACGUCCGUGUUGACCGUGGAGGCCGUGGACAGUGACAAAGGCAUCAAUGACAUUGUGACCUACAGAAUCACCAACUCCACAAGGCCUGGGUGGUUCAGCAUCACGAAAGAUGGAGUCAUCAUUGUCAGUGGCUCCCUUGACAGAGAGGAGCUGCUUCAGGAUAAUGAAGAAGUGCAGAUUCAGGUCACGGCCACCGAGAAGAAUCUUAACAUCUAUGGGCAAGAGGCCAAGGUGAGCAUGUGGGUCACAGUCAGGGUGACCGACGUCAAUGACCACAAGCCGGAAUUUUACAACUGCAGCCUCCCAGACUGCUCCUUUAGCCCCCAGGAGGCCCAGGUCAACUUCAUAGGCUGCGUGGAUGAGCACGCCUCUGCCCGAAUCUCCAUUGAUGAUCUGACCAUGGUGGCCUACGACCCAGAUCAGGGUGAAAAUGGUACCUUCCUGCUGUCUCUGGUGGGCUCAGAUGCUGGAGCCUUCAAUGUGUCCCCAGUGCGAGCAGCAGGGUCUGUCAGUGUGCAGGUGGUGGUGAAAAACUCAGAGUUGGUAGACUACGAGAAGAAGAGGGAGAUGGUUGUGGAGGUUGUGGCCACUGACUCAGUCAGCAAGGACUUCUCUGUUGCCAAUGUGACCAUCUACCUUAGAAACAUCAAUGACCACAGGCCCGUGUUCUCUCAGAGCGUGUAUGAACUCACUGUGCCGGAGAACAGUUCAACAGGUUUUGUGGUCACCAACAGCAUCCAGGCUACAGAUCUAGACGGGGACGAGUGGGGUCCAAUCACCUACAGUCUGCUUACAGGAAAUGGAGAAGACCUGUUUGCGGUGGAUCCAAACUCAGGGGAACUGACUGUGAAAAAUGGCCAGCUGCUGGACCGGGAGAGGCAGGCUGUGUACUACCUCACGCUGCAGGCUACUGAUGGUGGGAACCAGUCUAGCACCACCACACUGAAGAUCACUCUGCUGGAUAUCAAUGACAACCCACCUGUGGUUCAAGGCUCCUACAACAUCUUUGUGCCAGAGGAGGAUGGCAAUGUCUCUGUGACCAUCCAGGCCUAUGAUAAUGACCAGCCAGAGACUAACAACAGCCGCCUGCUCUUCAACCUGCUUCCUGGACCCUUUAGCCAGAACUUCUCCAUAGACCCCGACUCAGGGCUCCUCAGGAAUCUUGGGCCCCUGGACCGAGAGGCCAUUGACCCUGCCCUGGAGGGCCGCAUUGUGCUGACUGUGCGUGUGGCUGACUGUGGCGAGCCUUCCCUAAGCACUGAUGUCAAUGUCACCAUUACUGUGGAGGACAUCAAUGACAACCUGCCUAUAUUCAACCAGUCUUCUUACAAGUUCUUUGUGCGGGAGAGAGAUCCAGGAGCAAGGGUGGGCACAGUGAAGGCCUUGGAUGCUGACCAGACAGCAGCCAACAACCGCAUCAGCUUCAGCCUGUCCGGGACUGGCGCCAACAACUUUAUACUCCAAAGCAAAGUGCUGGAGCAAGGGUGGGCAGAGGGUGGCCUCUGGCUGCUCCCCGAUGUGGGCCUGGAUUAUGAGACACAGAACGUCUUCAACCUGAUAGUGAAUGCUGAGAACCCAGGCCCCCAGGUCUUCAGUUCUACGGCCACAGCAAAUGUCACCGUGGAAGUGUUGGAUGUGAAUGACGAGCCACCUACCCUGAAUGCAGCCUCACUCCAGAGCAUCUCUGUGGCCGAGAAUGGCUCUGAGCACGGCCGGGUGGCUCAGGUGAUAGCCCAUGAUGUGGAUAGUUACGCCUUGCUGAGGAUAGAGCUAGUGGACGUCAUCUGCACCAAGGCUGGCGUUGAUGUGGGCAGCGUGUGCCAUGGCUGGUUCACUGUGAAUUCUAGCGGCGUUGUGUACAUCAAUCAGAGCGAGGCCAUCGACUAUGAGGCUUGUCACCUGGUCACACUGGUUGUACGGGCACAUGACCUCAACACAGAUCCUGGCUUUGAUGCUUACAGCAGUAACGGAAACCUUCUUAUCAACAUCAAGGACAAGAAUGACAAUACCCCCUAUUUUCUGCCUAACAACCGGACCUUUGUCAUCAUUCCAGAGCUUGUGUUGCCCGACCAGCAGGUGGCUUCUGUCCAGGCCAGAGAUGAGGACUCAGAAGACAACGGGAUCAUUAACUUCUUCAUCCUGAAAGCAGAUUUUGUCCACAAUGAUGGGACGACCAACACUGUCCAGGUCUUCCGGAUUAUCAAAUCAGUGGAAGCCGGCCUGUUCACUGGCAGCAUAGAGCUAGUGACCAACCUUGAUUCUACUAUCCAAGGCACAUACCAGGUGACAGUCCAGGCCAAGGACCAGCCGGUUAUGGAUCCUGCACUAGAGACACAGACCACUCUGAAUAUCUUCACUGUGGACCAGAGCUACCGUGUGAGGCUUCAGUUUUCCACUGACAAAGAGGAAGUUGGUGCCAAUAUGGAGGCUAUCAAGGCGGCUCUUAUCCAGGCGACCAGGACCUCUGUCUACGUUGUAAGGAUCCAGAACAUAGACUCUAUGGCUCGAGCCCGAGUCAGCUCCUACAUGGAUGCCUACUUUGUCUUCUCCAAUGGGUCAGCCCUGACACUUACCGAGCUGAAUGUGAUGAUCCGGAAAGACCAGGAUGCACUGAAGCAGCUGCUGAACCAGGGGCUGGUGGUAGUGAGCUCCCAGGAAGGCCAGGAGUCUGAUGAGCCGAAACUGCUCACCAGUGUCAUCAUAGGGCUGGUGGUGUCUUUGGUGCUGGUCCUUGUGAUUAUGACCACAACCAUCGUGUGUUUGCGCAAGAGCUACCACCGGAAGCUUCGAGCUAUGAAGGCUGGCAAGGAGGCCCGGAAGACACCAAUAGAGACGACGACUUCAACUGCUGCUAUCCCAGGGACCAAUGUGUACAACACUGAUCGGGCCAACCCUGUGCUGGACCUCCCCACCAAGGAUCUGGGAUUGGAGUGCCACUCUUCCAGUGACUUGGACUAUCACAGCCUCAAUUCCCUAGACGAGAACUCUGUGGACUUGGACAUGGACAGUAAGGAAUUCAAGAGGAAGGAUCUUCCACAUAACCCUCCUGAGCCUGACCCAGAGCCCCUGACUGCAGUGCUCUCAGAAAGGUCAGCAGGCACAGGUGGACAGAAGAAGAAGAAGAAGGAGAAGAAGAAGCUUUCUUUCACCAACCCUGGCCUGGACACCACAGAUCUGUGAUGGAAAUCUUCAUUCUUUAAGCUCAAACUGUACUGUCUGCCCUCCCCUAAAAUAUAAUAUAUGGCCUUGCUU